AGGCAGGCCAGCGUUAACUGUGUGGCUCACAAUUAGGUUGUGUGGAUCGUGUGGGAUAUCUUGCACUUCAUAUUUCUCUCUGUUAGUAUCGGUUUGGUGAGUUAAGUAAUGUAUUCAUGCGUACACAAACUACAAUGGAUUAAAAUAACCGAUUUAUAUACAUCUAUUCACCCAGGUGACUUAGAGUAAACCAUUUUUGACCCGUUUAUCGCUCUUAUCCUGUUUCGCAGUCUUCUGCGAAAGCUUUAGGUUGAAUUACUAUGGUUUCCGGUAAGAGGAUCGACCACUACUUACCGGGAAAAGUGUUGAUUAUAAAACAUAUUAGGAAAAAUUACAUCAACUUGAAACCUGUCCCUAAUCGUAACCAUAACCUUAUUUCUAAUCCCAAUUAUAACUGUUAUCCUAGCCCUUACUUUAAGUAUCGCCCUGAUCCUGACCCUAACGAGCGAUUAACACAUUGUCCAAACUUCUUAGAAACGUGGUGUGUGCGGAAUUCACCCCUUAGCUAUAAGUCGAAGUUCCUAAAAGUAAAAGAAUGUUGACUAAGAAACAUUUGUCAAGUACAUCUUGUCGAUCUGCUAAUAAGGAUCGUGGUUGUGGAUAUUCAUGUUCAGAUAAUCAAUGCACAAUUCAAGAAGAAUGCGAUCGUGUUUCUUUGGUUCGAACAACCUCUGUGAGAUCAUUGAAUGAUUUCCCUCCAAAUAUUGACGAAAAAGAUUUAGAAAUUUUAGAGGUGAUAGGAAGUGGAUCAUACGGUCGAGCUUUAAAAGUAAAGCAUCGACAAUUGGAUCGUUUAUUGGUUCUUAAAGAAGUUAUCGAACAAAGUAAAGCGAUUGAAGAGACACUUGUGCGUGAAGUUUCUCUCCUUCAAAAUUUAAAACAUCCAAAUAUUUUAACCAUCAUUGGUGUAGUUAUUCGUAAUAAACAAUUUUGUCUGAUUACUGAGUAUAUCGCUAAGGGAAGUUUACAUGUGUUAUGCUUGGAUACAGUGAAAUACACCUUCGAUUGGAGUAAGAUAACAUCAUUCAGUCAUGAUAUUGCAAAAGGCAUGGCUUAUUUGCAUAAACAUGAAGUGAUUCAUCGUGACCUGACUACGCAUAAUUGUUUUGUACGACAAGAUGAUUCUGUAGUGGUAGCUGAUUUCGGUGUAUCCAAGUUGGCUCAGUCAAUCCCCUCGAGUAAACAGAAGACAGAAGAGACAAACAACAAUUCUAUAACACGUAGUAAUACACUCCCAUCUCAAGAUUCUAUAGAUUCAAUGACUAACAGUGAUAAUGAACGUUGUCAUACGCCUCGUCUACGUCGGCAUCAUCCACAUAAUCAUCCAAGAAGGCAUACGGUGGUUGGCAGUGCUUAUUGGAUGGCACCUGAAAUGUUAGCUGGACGACCAUAUGAUAAUUCAGUUGAUGUUUAUUCCUUUGGAGUUAUAAUGUGCCAACUGUUAUUACGUUCAGAUGCUGAUCCGGACAAAAUUCCUCGUGAUGGUGAUACAAUGUGUGUUGAUAUGAAUGAAGUAAUUAAGUUGAACACUUUCCCUGCAAAUAUACCUUCAAUGUUAUUAGAUAUAACUACACAAUGUGUUUCAUUAGAUCCAACAGAAAGACCUUGUUUCAAUUCAUGUGUUGAAUUACUGGAACAGUGUUCAUUGUAUUUACUAUCUGGACAUCAAUCAAAAGAAGUUUUCACUUCAAAGACAUCUGAUAGUAAUAAUAACAAUCAUCUAUCUACAGGGAACAUCAGGAAUCAAAGACCACAACAUUUUUCACAAUGACUGUCAGUAUUAACCAGGAGGAGUAAGUACCAUGCUAGAUCUACGUGUACAAACUGAGCAAAUGUGAAGUGAGAGAGAGAGAGUUGAAUAGUAGGCUACGUGGCAAAGUAUUAUUAUCUUUCCCAGUUGUACAUGUAUGUAUGUAUGUAUGUGUACCUUAUGCCUUAGGAAGUGUUUAGAAUUCAUUAUUAUUAUUAUUAUUAUUAUUAAGGUAAUCUACUUUAUCCUGGUUACUUUAUUCCACUGCAUAGCCUGCAAUGCAUUUGUUAGUUUAAUUAAUUACAUUUCAUAAAAAUACUUAAUAUUUUUCUUACACAGGAUAAUGUUUAAAUAUUGGAGAAAAAUUUUGUAUUAUUUUUGUUUUGCUGAAAUAAAGCGAAUGUUGAGCACCUCCAUUUCAUUU